CUCCUCGGGUGCGUUUCAUUACACAACAACAUCCUAAUCUGGUGCACAUCACUGAGAGAUAACACAUUUUGAAAAGGAUCAAAAGUUCUUCGAUCAUGGAUAACAUGAGUUACCCAAGCACUACCCCAGACCCUGGUGAUGAUGAUGAUCCUGUGGAAAAUCACUUUUCCACAUCCAUCGGUGCCGUCAUCCUCAGCUUGGUCUUCCUUUUGGGUGUCCCUGGAAAUCUCUUCAUUGUCUGGAGCAUCUUGACUCGCAUUCGGCAGCGCUCAGUCACCACCCUCCUCAUCCUCAACCUGGCAUGUGCUGAUGGGUUCCUCACGGCCCUCAUCAUCUUUUUCAUCAUCUACCUGGGCAUGCAGACAUGGAUCUUUGGUAACACCAUGUGCAAAAUCCUGUUCUACCUGUGCAACUCCAACAUGUACGCAUCAAUCUUUCUGAUAACACUGAUGAGCGUGCACAGGCUGGUGGCUGUGGUGUUUCCACACACACUGUCCCACCUGAUCACCAGGAAGGUUGUGAGGAGGGUGAUCAUGGGCAUGUGGGUGCUGGUGAUGGUCAUAUCCAUCCCAUCACUGGUGUUUCGAAAUGUGAAAGAAGAAACUGAAGACGUGAACAAUAAAAGAUACAUCUGUGUGCCCAGUCAUACCCUGCCUAAACAUGUGAUGUUUCAGUAUGCCUUUGAGACAGUGGCAGGAUUCAUUAUUCCUUACGCAAUCAUUAUAACCAGCUAUGUUCUCAUCCUGAAACGCAUGAGGGAGACCAAGUUCCAACAAAAGCUCAGCAGCGAGAAACUCAUCCUGGCUGUCGUCAUCACCUCCGGCCUGCUCUGGCUGCCGUACCAUGUCAUCAACAUGAUGCAGGUGGCAGCUGAGUGGUACUCAUGGAAUUCAGUGAUGAGACACAGACUGGACACGAUCGCUCAAACCAGCCGCCCACUGACCUCAGCUUUGGCCUUCAUCAGCAGCUGUGCCACACCAGUCCUCUACACCAUUGCUGGGAAAUCGUACAUCAAGGAGAAUGGCUUUGGCUUCAUGGCUAAGCUCUUUGAGGGAACAUCAUCAGAUCAAACAGAAACCAAACCUGGUCGGUUCGCAACUAAAGACGAACUGGGAAAUAGUAAAGUUAAUUUUGCAAACUACACAGUGGCUUCUACUUAACAACGUAAGUGUUGACUUCACAAACAGACUAUGUACAUAAAUGUGAGCAUUUAAAGAUUAACAUAGAUUAACAUUUGAUGCCAGAAACAAUCAGCACCAACACAGUAUUGGUUUUGAGUUAGAAUGUGAUAAUAGUGUUUAAAUAAAAGUCAGGCACAAGCAGUUUACUUUUCCCUGCAUGCACCUGAAAAUCUGUACAGUAUAUCAGGAUUGUAAACAAACUUUUAAAAGACUGAAUAAAAACUGUAAUAACUUUAUAUACAGCACAUCCAAAAAGCUUUCAUUCCUUAAUGCAAAGACACAGAUUGAAUAAACUGGUUAGGACACACUGUACUUGAUAGGUUCACAGCUGAUGUGACUUUUGUAAUUGUUCAUCAGUACAGUGUUUGUGAGCAGCUAUAGUUUCCUUAAGAGACAUUUUAUUGAAACUUUUUUUGUUACUGUGAUUUUUUUUUUAUCUAUUUGUACCUCCACUUAUGAAUGAAUGCCCACAUAGGAGUUAAUUCUUCAUAAACAGGUUUGAAAAAAAUGCUUAUAUCCACUUACAAGUACAUUCUGAUAUUAAUUGAAAUUCUUAUAGUAUUUGCUGUGUAGGUUUUUUUGUUUUUUAACCUUUGAAAUGUCUGGAGCUGGACUCUGAGGUAUUGCACAUGUUUUGUACAAACUGCAUCCAGUUCCCUAUAUUGAGCACUGAUUAUGAAAGCUCAGUCUACAUGUUCCACCAUUUCAUCUGUUUGUGCAUUUCUCUCAAUGAGAAUGCAUUUCUCUUAUUUUCUUGCAAAUUUUUAGGUUCACUGAUAUUUUGUUGACUAAAAAUGAUGUAAAUGAAGACUGAUGUUUGCUAUACAAAUAUACCUGGCUUAAGAAAACUGCAUCUUAAAUGUUGGGUUAUAGAAAACUUAAAUGCAGUUGCAUAUAUAUCUAUGUAAUAAAAAAUUUUCAAAACAUCUUUAA